CUCAAUUUUUUUUUUUUCUCUUUCUCCAGUCGGUUUUCUUUCCAAACAGGGAAAAGUGUUCCACGAAGCGGUAGCGCCUUACCGCCUCGCCUUCUCCUCCCUGACCCAGGGCCCGGCCCCCGUCCCGGCGCAAGCUGGUGGAGCCAGGGCUAGAAGCCCUCGGUGCCCCGGGAGCGCAGCGCGCAAGGGACCCGGGCGCGGGGCCAGCGCCCGCACAUGGCUGCAGCCCCCCGCGCGCACCCCGAGGCGCCGCGCCCUGCUAGCAGAAGGUCCGUCGGCUGCGCUCGGUCGCCCUGCUGCCAAGCAGCGCUGAGCCGGGAAGUGUCCGUGUCUGGGGAUCGGGAUGUCCCUCUUCUUCCUCUGGCUAGUAUCCUAUUAUGUUGGAACGUUGGGAACUCACACUGAGAUCAAGAGAGUGGCAGAGGAAAAGGUUACCUUGCCCUGUCACCAUCAGCUGGGGCUUCCAGAGAAAGACACCCUGGACAUUGAAUGGCUGCUCACGGAUAAUGAAGGGAACCAAAAAGUGGUUAUCACUUACUCCAGUCGCCAUGUCUACAAUAACUUGACUGAGGAACAGAAGGGCCGAGUGGCCUUUGCUUCCAACUUCCUGGCAGGAGAUGCCUCUCUGCAGAUCGAGCCUCUCAAGCCGAGUGAUGAAGGCCGAUACACCUGCAAGGUGAAGAACUCAGGACGCUAUGUUUGGAGCCAUGUCAUCCUAAAAGUCCUAGUGAAACCAUCCAAGCCCAAGUGUGAGCUGGAAGGAGAGCUGACAGAGGGUAGCGACCUGACGCUGCAGUGUGAGUCAGCCUCAGGCACAAAGCCCAUUGUGUAUUAUUGGCAGCGGAUCCGGGAGAAGGAGGGAGAGGAUGAACACCUGCCGCCCAGAUCUAGAAUUGAUUACAACAACCCCGGCCGAGUGCUGCUGCAGAAUCUCACCAUGGCCUCCUCUGGGCUCUACCAGUGCACAGCAGGCAACGAGGCUGGAAAGGAGAGCUGUGUGGUACGAGUGACUGUACAGUACGUGCAAAGCAUUGGCAUGGUAGCAGGAGCAGUGACGGGCAUUGUGGCCGGGGCCUUCCUCAUUUUCCUCUUGAUCUGGCUGCUAAUCCGAAGGAAAAGCAAAGAGAGAUACGAGGAAGAGGAGAGACCUAAUGAGAUUCGAGAAGAUGCAGAAGCCCCCAGAGCCCGCCUUGUGAAGCCUAGCUCCUCUUCCUCAGGCUCCAGGAGCUCGCGCUCUGGCUCUUCCUCCACCCGCUCUACAGGGAACAGCGCCUCCAGGAGCCAGCGGACACUGUCCAGUGAAGCAGCGCCCCAGCCGGGGCUAGCCACCCAGGCGUACAGCCUCAUAGGACCAGAAGCAAGAGGUUCUGAACCAAAGAAAGUGCACCACACGACCCUGACCAAAGCCGAAACCACACUCAGCACAAUCCCCAGCCAGAGCAAAGCCUUCCAAACUGUCUGAAUCACAGUGGACUUGACUUGCGCUUUUUCCGGAAGUCAGGAUCUUAGCCUAGCCACUGGAGCUCCUUCACCAGCCACACAAGCCCCUCAGCCAGAUAAGAACUCACUUAAGUAGCUGCCAACAUGGCACGGACCAGUUCUGAUAAGCACCUUCCUUAUAGGACACCAAACAAUGGACGUAGGCAGGUCAUCUCUAUAAAGGCGCCUCAUCGUGCCUUCGGAGCGGAGGUGGAGGGAAGGAGGGGCCCAAACCUAUUUUGCUCACCAGGACUUGUGGUGAAAAUAAGGGAGAGGUGAGGUGGUGAACACCUGAAACAUCUUACACAGAAGUGUUGCAGGUCACCACAGUCAAGAAGAAAUGGGAAUCUCAUAGGUCAAUUUUCUAAUCAUUUCUGCAAAUAUAUCGGAUUAGUGUGAUUAUCCAGAUAGUCAAAACAGAAACCCACAGCCUUAUAUUACACCUCUCUGCAACAUGUAUGGGGACAACUGCUUCAAAGAAACUCACAUUAAAAAAAAAAAGAAAACACUUUUUUUCUACCUUGACUUGACUUCAU